AUGGCAGCACCAUUCCCAUCCCCGACCACAAAAUGGCACACGACAGCCUACCAGUCUAUCUCCCCCAGCCGACCGGAGCUUUCUGCCAAAGGCAGAACCCUGGUCGUGACUGGAGGAGGUACGGGCAUCGGAUCAGAGACCGCUCGCCACUUCGCCGAAGCAGGUGUAUCUCGGAUCGCCCUCCUUGGCCGCAGAGAACAACCGCUUCUCGAUACCAAAGCCUCCAUUGAAAAGACAUUCCCCGGCGUCGAGGUAUUCGUGGCCCCUACCGAUGUGACGGACAAGACCCAAGUGGAUGCAGCUUUUGCUAAAUUUGCCGGCGACGGGUCAAUCGAUAUCUUGGUUAGCGGUGCAGCUGUCAUUGGACCACAGGACCAGGUGGGAAAUGUGGACAGCGACAAGUUCCUCGACGCUAUUCACGUCAACCUACAAGGGUCAUUGGCAGUUGCCCAGGCAUUUCUUCGCCAUGCAUCACCUGAUGCCGUUGUCAUCGACAUCAAUUCCUCUGCUGCGCAUGUUAAUUUCGGUCCUGGGUUCGGGGCUUACAGCGUCGCUAAAUUUGCUGUAUUUCGCCUUUGGGAUUCCUUGGCCUUUUCGAAUCCGGGUUUAGCCGUCUUCCAUAUUCAGCCUGGUGUUGUGGAUACUGCGAUGAACAGAGAGGCGGGGGGCGUUAAAGCCCUUGGAUUUGAGGAUCAUGUCUCUCUGCCGGCGAGCUUCAGUGUUUGGCUUGCAAGUCCCGAGGCCCGUUUCUUGAAGGGCAAGUUUUUGUGGGCAAACUGGGAUGUUGAUGGGCUCAAGGCCAAGGCCAAGGAGAUUGAAGAGAGUAAUCUGCUUAGUAUUGGGCUUAGCGGGUGGCCUUUCCAGGAUGACAACUGGAAGUCAGCGUGGAAGGCUUAG